AAAUAUUUUGUUUGAUCAGUGAGAAAGACAUGGAUGGUCAACGGCGCAUUACGAGAAAAUGAUUGGUCCUCUCACUAUUUUGUGGAUCCACUAAAUUGUAUAAUGAAAUUGAGAGACGAGUGUUAUAUGGAACACAGGCAUCGGAAAUCAACGCGCGUGAUUAGAACAAUAUCGGAAUUGGAAAAAAAUAAUUAUAUAUGCAACUACUUGUCUUUUAAGUAUAUUUGAAUUCACUUGGAAUAAAUCUCAGUAUUGGUAAACGUACAAAUAAAUAUAAAAAGUAGUGAUGAUUUCCUAGUAUAACAGGCUGGGAGGAAGCUGGAAAUAAAGGAGAUGAACGUAUUAUUCUUUUUUUUUUUGAUGAGUUCGAAAGAUUAUUUGAAAUGAAUGAGGAUAUUCGCUCCAAUUUCCUGUGUAUUCUUCGCGCCACCAGAAACUCCAUUGAAAACUUUGUCAUCCAAACUAUCGUCGUAAUUGGUACAUACAGUAUCCUGUAUACAAAUUCGCAGAAAACUUCACCCUUCAAUAUUAAGGUCCUGGUCCGUAAUCCAAAUUUCACCCUGGGACAAGUGCGAGCGCUAUUUAAAGAUUUUGGAGAAGAUAAUAAGAUGGAUUUCGAACAGCAAAUCAUCGAGGAUAUCUUUAUACAAACAAAUGGGCAUGCAGCCUUUGUCUGUCUUUGUGGACGAGCAAUUGAAGACAAUCUCAUCAGAAUACUCGAUAAUGAACGAAUCUUAAGUUAUGAAAUUUGGGAACGAUACAAAGUCAGAUCAUUAAUGGAUACUAUUGUUAUGUACCCAACAUUCCGAAAUAUGGUUCAGUCUCUCCGGGGUUCAAAAGCUAAGAUAUGAUUGAUUUUUUCGGAAAAUUUCCUAGCAGAUUUUGGACAUAAAGUAAAAUCUACUGAUGCAGAGUAUCUUGCUGACGAAGGAGUUCUGGUUCGUGGUGAAGUUGUUGGA